GUGGGUGUGUCCGGGGCGGGGGCGCGCAGGUCGGAGAAGGUGCGACUGUCCCGGGCGGUCGGCGCCCGGGCGCUGGCGGAGAGGUCAGGCUGGCGGGGCAUCGGGCCGCGACGGCGGGUCAUGGCGGCGGGCGGCAGGCUGGAGGACGGUUCCUUGGAUCUUCUUCAAAGUACGGAUGAUGACCCACUCCUGGAUGCCCAGCCUCUCCCACAGCUCUCCUUACAUGCCCACUUUAGACCCAGAUUCCAUCCUCUUCCCACGGUCAUCAUAGCGAAUCUUCUGUUGCUUAUACAUGUUGUAUUUGUUAUUUUAGCAUUUUUAACAGGUGUGCUGUGUUUGUACCCUAAUCCGAAUGAAGACAAGUGCCCAGAAAAGUACACCAGCCCACUGAAGGUUCAGACAGUCAUAGUCCUCGGAAAAGUUAUCCUGUGGAUUCUGCAUUUGCUUCUUGAACGCUACAUUCAGUAUCACCACAGCAAAGUCAGAAGCCGCGGCUAUUCGCAGAUCUACCGGUCUACAAGGCAUCUCAAGACCUUUGCCCUCAUGAUCCACUCUUCUGGCAACACAGCCCUCCUCCUCCUCCUCUGUGUGCAGCAUUCUUUCCCUGAGCCCAGCAAGCUGUACCUGGAGCUGAUUCUGGCCGUCCUGGCCCUGGAGCUGAUCUUCUCCCUGAGCUGUCUGAUGCUGUACACAGUGAGAAUUAGGAGAUUCAAUCGAGCCAAACCGCAGCCUGAUGUACUUGAAGAAGAAAAAAUUUAUGCUCACCCCAGCAAUAUGGCCUCAGAGACCGGCUUCAGGACUGUGUCAAGCCUAGAAGAAAUUGUGGAGAAGCAAGGAGAUGUAAUAGCGUACCUGAAGCGACACAACGCCCUGUUGAGUAAGCGGGUGUUGGACCUGGCCUCUCAGGCAGCGAGGACAUGACAGCUGGCCAUGACACCUAUUGAGUCCACAGGAACUCCAGACUGCCCAUUUGCCGACUCCACGGGAAACGCAGCCACCUUCACAGUGUGUGCUGGGAACGUGGGUGGCUGGAAAAGGCUGGAAAACUUGAGGUGGUUUUAUAUAGUUUGAAACAAUUUAAUUUCUUGACUUUUCCGGAAUCCAAGUUAUCGCUUAAGAACCCUGGACUAAUCUGGCUCUUUGUAAAGCAAGUGUCCGUGACAAUCUGCUGUAAACGGGGUUCUAAAACCAGUGCGUUCUUGCCACAGUGAAACUGCUAGAGAAGGCAUUCCUUCUUGUGCUUGAUGCUUGCUUCCGAAGAGGCUCACGGGCAUUUUAGACGGAUGUGAGCACACUGGUUGAGAGAAAAGGUCACAUACUUUGGGUCUUGUUUGUUUGUUUUCCAGCGCUGGGGAAUAAGCGCAGAUGCCUCACACAUACUAAGUAAACACUGCCACUGAGUCAGCUUUUACACAGACCUUCCUUCAGCCAGUCAUGGUGACUCACACCUGUAAUCCCAGCCCCUGAAAAGCUGAGGCAGGAGGAUAACCACUAGCUUGAGGGCAGCCCAUGGCCCAGGCCAUAGAAUGAGACCUUGCUCAGAAACGCAAAAGUGUCCUCAUUAUAGGACCCAUCUCAUGAGGACAUAACGCUGCACCAGUCCUGCAAUGUGUUGUUGAGAAAUAAAAUGCAAACAGUUCCUGGGCAACGGGAGACCACGUGCUGAAGUGCUGGCUCCUAUCACACAGUGACCUUGCACUGGCAAGCAUUGAGGGAUUUAGAAGUAAUCUGUCAUUUUCUCUUUGUUUCUGCCCUUCUUCAAGGAGUUGCCAUAUAUCUCUCUGUUCUACUUUGAUUUAAUAAAUAAGUUUUAUUAACUGAGCAUGGUGGCCCACGCCUGUCGUCCUAGUACUUGGGAGGCAGACACAGAAGUUCAGGGCUAACCUGGUCCAAAUAGUGAGUGUCAGGCCAGCCAGAGCUACAAAGAAAUCCUGCACCCCCUCCCCACAAAAAACCACAAAAAAUAAAAUGUGUUUACAUAUCAGAGUAAGACCAUCUGUGGGUUACAAUUCGGGCAAGUAGAGCUGGUGAGAUGGCUCAGUAGGGAAAGUGCUAUGUAAGCCUGAUGACUUGAGUGUGGUCCCAGGAACAUCUGGUGGGGGAGAUAUCAACUCCUGAAACAUGGCAUUCUUGUGUGUGCACUGACACAUGUCAUGUCACACACAAAGACACACAGUACUACAUUUUUUUCAUUGUCUAAAUAGGAAAAAGAUAGUGUUUGGUCUUGGAUUAUAGAUCAAAAUUGUGAUGGGAUUGAAAUGGCAGGUCAUUUCUGUAUAGGUGUUAUUAAACAGAUGAUUCUUGCCAUGAGAAUGAAGUGUUUCAUGUGGCACUGCUUCUCCAUGUCUCCUAGAGCUCCUUUUAAUCAGUUGGUACUUUCUGCAUCACCUUAGACAGUCUUUGGCUUUCGAGAUAGGAGCUCGUGUGGCUAGGGUGGCCUUGGGUGCUCUUCCACCUCCCGGUUGGCGAGAUCACGGAGUCGGGUCUCUGUGCCUAACCUAGAACGACUCUUCACUGAGGGCUUAGGAGUGAGAUCUCUGUUUGCAGACUGCAGUCUUUAGCCUCAUACUCAAUAUUUUAUUUGCAGAGCCAAACGUAAUUAUAUAGGGAUAUGAUGAAUGCAGCCUGACAGGCAAGGACUGUUCAUUCUAUCUGCAAACUCUUGCUUGUGGAUAGUAAACUCCUGUUUCCUUGGAUACAGCCAUUGCUGGGGCAUUCUAAAAGCCACAUUGUACUUAAACAGUUUCCAGGGGCUGGAAAGAUGACUUAGUAGUUAGGUAUGCGUACAGAGCUUGUGGAAGACAGAGUUCAGUUCCCAUACCCAGGCUGCCAUUUCUUUUGACUAUUAAUGAAAUCGUUGCCUACCCCAGAUCUGUAACCUAUCAUAUGCUCUUGUGCCAUGCAUCCCAAAUCCUUAGUUCAAAUCCUCCUCCUGGGAUAAUCUUGUUAUUUGUUGUUUCUUGAGGUAAGGUCUCAGGAAGCCCAGGCUGGCCUCAAAUUCCCUAUGUGCCCAAGAAUGACCUUGAACUUCUGAGCCUUCUACCUUCACCUCCCAAGUUGAGGGAUCACAGGCAUCCCCAUCAUUGUCCACGUUAUGGAACACCACUGAGCUCCGUCUCCAGCCCCUUUACUCUUGGAUUGAUUUUUUUGGUAAAUCUUUAACAUGCUUAUUUUUAAUUUAAUGGCUUUAAUACAAUUGUUGGACUUAGUGCUCCUGCACAGAAUAAAAUUCCUUAAAAUACA